GUAUACGAGUAUGUUGCCAUUUCCAAACUGGAGCAACUCUGCAACUCUCCAUUAUCUAGCCUUGGUGACACUUUCCACUGUUCACGUCACUGCAGACAGCAGAGAUUGCAACAAGAAUCUACCUGCCGAGCCACUGCUUGCUCUGGCAAAAGACGCCACGGAUGUCCUGCUGCUUCUCUCAGUGUCUACACUGCUAUUUGGCAUUCUGAAUAUUGAGAUCGCGGUGGUGUGCUCCUGAAGUGUAUAAUUGUUGCUAUUGCUGCCAGAAGGACCACGGGGCGACAUGAGCGACUUGCCGAAGAAGCAGGGCGUGCUGUCAUACCUCUGCAAGGGAUCUUUCACGACGAAAUACAAGGAUCACUACAUAAUGCUAUACGACGCCUCGAGGAGCGGCCUGGCGCGCCUGGAAGUCUACCAAAUAUGCAAGUCUUCUCCUAACAAACUCGCUCUCCUCGUGACCAAGAAAGACAUCGUCAAAGUGAUGCGAGAUGAAGGACAUUCGCCAAGUGGCUUUACGCUCACUACCAAGGAUCACCGCUACUGUUUUCUGGCCAGGAGCGACGAGGAAAACCAAAAAUGGACUGAGGCAAUCCAGGACAUUUUCCUGAAGCCUGCCACCCGCGUCCCCGCGUCGCACACCCCGCAGUGCACCGACAUGGAGGAAAACGAGAUCUACGGGAUGGACGGCUGUCGCGAAGCAGCAACGCGAGAAUUCAUGGUGGUAGCGGAGGAACACACUCGGUUAAAGCUGAAGAUGAUGAGUCCCUUGCGGUUGAUAGUGCAGGACCGCCACAUCUCCCUACUCUCCGUGGAGGGCAAGAGAAUUGUGCGUUGGCCGAUCAGCAACAUACGAAAAAUGGGAUUCACCACUAAUGAUUUCCACCUUGAAAUUGGGAAAAAGAGCGACUACGGGCCAGGUUACUUCGUCUUCCACACUUCUCAGGGAAUGGCAAUCAAUAAGCUCGUCUCUCAAGAGAAGGAAUGCUUGAAGUACCAGAUGCUGUACUCCAGAGACACGUUCACACACAAGCAGACUCCAGCAUUACCGGCAAGCGCACUGGUUCGGCCUCAUUAUUCUUACCCACCACCCACACCAAACCUGCUGCCAGAUCAAGACUCGAUAGCUUCUCCCGAACCGUACUCCUUGGACAACCUUUAUGAUACCAUCAAAGUCAGCACUGACUACCAGGAUUCGGAGGGUCGCUAUGCUUCCAAAGGUUCCAUCACCCACUCCGUUGAGAGCCUGGAUCGACACGUGCAGUCAGUGAAACAAAGACAAGCUGCUCCUUACACCAAGAACUCAAGCCAAAGCCUCGAGAUUCUAAGUAGCAAGAAAAAUAUUAAGCUUUCUCCUACCAAGCCUAUAGCAGCUGACGCUGUCAAUAAUGGUCUGGAGACUUCUUCCGAGUGCUCCGAGUCUGGUCAUCUCUAUUCUAGCUUGGUGGAAGUCAAAGACGCCUGGAAGAUUCACGGCUGCACGCCAGACCAGCCCAUGGAGCCGGAUGAUGACGGCAGCUACGAUGUGUUAACGUUCAGCAGGUUCUCAGCAAAUAACAAAAAACACCAAGCGGCCACAGAAUACAGGGAGGGAGUGCAGGAUGCCAAGUCUGUCUAUUCUUACAUCGAUUUCGCCAAGAAGAACAGACACGGUCACGGAGCAACUUCUAACAAUCAGUGAACUUGAAGCAGGGUCUACAGAGGACUAUAGCGACUGCUGAUGGUUCCGUGACAUCAUUCCUUCUCUGAGAGACAGACUGCCGCCCUGUCAAGGUCGCCUGAGGAGCAUCUGUGACCUUCGCUUCGUACAUAUUUUCUCACAUCUUAGGUGAGAACAAGCACAAAGUUAAUACUACAAUUACACA